AUGGAUUCCACGGCUGAUGAGGAGAGGGAGGCCAUCACGGCAUCCAACCUCAAAAGGCAUGUGUCCGUGCUCGAAAAACGUCUGCUGCGCAAUCAGCAGGUGCGUCUGGAACACCCGGAGGACCCAGAGCGCUGGGUGAAAUCGGAGGUCGAUCUGGAUGAGCAGAUUCGUCUAUUCCAUGACAUAUGCGCUCAGCCUGAGCUCUUCGGGCAGUUCGAGGAGCUCGGCGGCCUGCGCAUCCUGCGCGACGCACUAUCGCAUCCAAACAUUGAUAUCGCAAUGGCAACGCUUGCCGUUUUGAACGAAAUAGUCGACCCAGAGGUGCUAGUUCGACUCGCUCGCGCUGAGAAAUUCGUGCGCUCCCUGCAAGAGUUGAGCCUGCACGUACCUUGCGUCGCGGCGCUGCUGAAGAUCGAGGAGGACAACUCGGAGGUGGACUAUGAAGGCGUAAAGAAUGCGCUGGAGCUCUUGGAGAACCUCAUGGAGCUCUUCCCGUCGAUAGCGGGGGGCAUGAGCGAAAACCGCGAACUGCUUCUGUUCUUGUUGCGCCGCAUGAAGGCGAGCAAAACGCUGGAGUACGACUCGAACCGCGUACACGCGGGGGAGAUACUGUGUAUCCUCCUGCAGCAUUCGGAGGAGUGCCUAACGCUGGUGGGCGGACAGGAGUUGGAAGGGGUUGACAAGCUGCUGCGCAUCAUCACCGUGUUCCGCAAAAAGGACCCCGAGGGAGUAGAGGAAGAGGAACUUGUCGAAAAUGCUGUCCAGUGCCUCUGCAGGCUGAUGCUGAUACCGUCCAAUCGCUUGCUCUUCGGGAAACUGCAAGGUGUUAAGCUGCUGAUUCGGCUUAUAAAGGAGCGCCGCUCAACCUAUCGUUUGGCCAUAACGCUGCUAGAUUAUGCCCUGAUGGAUUCGCCGGAAAACUGCGCGCUCUUCGUUUCUGGGCUCGGGCUCAAGUGCAUAUUUAGCGUGUUGAUGCGCAAGGGAGUUCGCACUAAACCCGGAUCGGAGGAUGAGAAACUCGAGGACGAGCACGUGUUGGGAGUGGUCCACUCGCUGUGCGCCCACAGCUCCGGCACGGAGCUCGCUCGCGUGAUGAACAAGUUCGUCGAGCACAAAUACGAAAAGUUGGAGCGCCUAAUUGAGCUCCACGAGAAGUACAAUGCGAUGAGCCGUGCCGCAGCCAAGAGCAUUCAGGGGCGCAGUGGAAGCGUACGUUCUAUGUACUCGGCGCUGCAGCUGAAUGAGGACAAGCAAAAGUACCUGGAGCGUUACGAAGCCGGGCUCUCAAUAUGCCAGUUGGUGGACUGCAUCAUAUUGCGUCUGUACAACAUGGGCAAUUCGAACCUCAGCUCGUGCCUCCUGGUUCUACUACACAACAAGGGUGUCGAUAUACAGGACAUAUACAACAAUAUCUCCGACUAUCUGGAGCACCUGGACGAAAGUGCUAAUGACACUAGAGAGAAAGUGGACCGGCUGCUGAAGACCUUCUUAACCGGUGCCAGUGAUAGUGGACUCUUCGAGUGA